AUGACCUUCUCCGCCUCCGUCCUUGGCUUCGCCAUGGUUGUGCUUCUCUCUGCAGCUUGCUCCGCCCAGGGCCCCAGCCCCGCCCCCACGCGGUCCCCCGCCGUCGUCCCCGUGUCACCUCCCCCGAUCCGAACACCGGCUGCGGCUCCCGUCUCCCCUCCUCCGUCCGUCCCGUCGCCGUCCUCGCCUGCGGCUCAUGCGCCUUCCUCCGAGACUCCGUCUGGGGUUCCCGUCCCUUCCCCUCCGGCUCCGCCUCCGUCGCACGCAGAACGCCCGUCCACCGCCGUCCCGCCCGCAGAGAUCCUUGAGUCCCCCAGCUCGCCUCAGGGCAAUAUCGCAGCCUCUGCGUCGGUUGGCUGGAUGGCCGUCACCGCCGCGGUGAUCGCCGCCGCGCUGCUGUAG